AAUUAGCAACAGACAACCUAGCAUAGCGCAAGCGUGUUUAUUAAAAAGCAAAAUGUGUAAAGUCCAAAUGUUAAAAGAGUUGAUGACACAGCGACUGAACACUGCCGUUGAAGAAAUAUUCGAAUUAUUUGAGAGAACCAUAACGGAGUACGAGCAGGAACUUUCUCGAAGAAAAGAGGAGAACGACAGACAGCGCGAAUUACUGGACUCAGUUUUCACGUAUCAAUCUGGCCUCGAUAAAACAGCAGAAGCACGGCAACCAGUUGCGGUUUCUUCAGAGCGGCAACAUGAGUGGACCUCAUGUGUGAAAGUGGAAGAGCCCCUCCACAUUAAAAAGGAGGCUGCAUGGCGCAGUCAAGAAUCUGAGAACGCCGAUGUCACCACGUCACGGUUGACAAUUCUCCCCACAAACCUAGAAAACAUCCAGGGUCGCUACCAUCAAACUCCAGUGAACAAAAACACGAGCAUGGGACCUGGAUCGGACACCGGCUUCGCUGUUCUCUCCGACACGGACGACGCGAUGUCACGCAACGACGAAACAGACCGCAGCGACGACGCCAAAUGUCCCGAGAGUUUCCCCAACCCCAAACGCGUCCGCGUCUUCAACUGCUCGGAAUGCGACAAGACGUUCAACCGGAAGGGAACUUUGGACCGUCAUAUGCGGACCCACACUGGAGAGAAACCUUUCUCUUGCUCAUUUUGCUCCAGAAUCUUCUCCUUAAAGCAUCACAUGGACCGACACAUGAGAAUCCACACCGGAGAACAGCCGUUUUCCUGUUUAUAUUGCCCGAAAGGGUUCAGAGACCGCAAUAAAAUGAUGACGCACAUGUCAAUGCAUGCUUCCCAGUCGCCGUUAGCUACCACGCCGAUGGACGCCAGCGACCCGCGUGACGCUCGUCCGGGAGCGAACGCCACGACGACACGGGAAACGCGUACCUGAGCACCGAGAACGUCUUGCCAACUGCGUAGGAAGUUUAACCUGAUCAAUAUAUCGGAACUAGGAGUGGGAACUUCUUGGUACUUCACCAUACGAUACGAUUUGCAAUACAAAGCUCACGAUAAGGAUGAUGUGACGAUAUGGCGAUACAACGAUUAUCGAUACAUUUGUAGAAUAUGCUAGAAUGAUUUUCUGACCAACAACUA